GCACCGCACUUGCAAGCACGCACGAAGCGAGAGAACGAGAGCGUGGUGUGUGUAUCGCCAUGAUUCAAGUGACAGGAAGACGGGCAGAAAAGGCUCUUCUGCUCCUGCUUUGCCUGGGGAAACGAGGCAGCACGGCUUUCCAGGUUAGAGGACCCGUCGCAACCACACAGCGGGCGACAGCAGCCGUACGUGUUUGCCGCCCGACGGCGCUCUCUUCAGUAGCCGGGGGCGUCGCAGAGCCAGGAACUACGGUGGCAUGUUCCCGCAAGCUCUCAAAAGCUGUGGUGGUUGCUCGUGGCAAGGCCCGAUUAUUUUGGGACGGGAACCCCCUCGUGUAUGGAGGGGCCGUUUCUCGCGUGGAAGGGGACCCCGCCGCAGGUGACGUUGUUGACGUCAUCGAUUCCAGCGGGAAGUUCAUCGCUUGGGGAGUAUACAACCCCGAUUCGAUGUACCGUGUGAGGGUUCUGGCGAGGGAGGGCGAAGCGGUGUGUCACGAUCGAGACGUGGGCGCCGUGGUAAAGGAGCGUCUUUUGACCGCUCGCGACGCCCGACGAGCGAUCGGCUUGCCGAACGCUAAGACCGAUACCUACAGGCUGGUCAACGGGGAGGGCGAUCGCCUGAGUGGCUUGGUAGUCGACGUGUUCGCCGGCGUGGUAGGGGUUUCCUCUUCGGCGGUGUGGGUGGAGGCGUUUCGACCGGAGAUCGAGGGCGCCCUCGGAGAAGUCUUCGGCGCCGACGCGACAGAGAUAAUCUGGCGGCGGAGUGACGGACGCCUGCAGCAGGACGGGUGGAAGGGAAACAACCUAAGCUCGCCGGGGGUGGUGGCAGAAACGACGGGUGCCGAUAGCGAGGCGGCGCGAGGCGCGGGCAGCUCAGAGGAGGUGGGGGCGGUAGGAGGGGGGGAAACGGGAGAGAAGAGGCUCAGGAGUGAUGCGCCGUCCACUGUGGUGCGCGAGCACGGGCUGGAGUUUGAGGUUCGCCCCCAGUUCGGACAGAAGACAGGAUUCUACUGCGAUCAGAGGGAGAGCAGGCAGGCCGUUCGGGAACUCAGCCAAGGCAAGAACGUGCUCGACAUGUUCUGCUACAGCGGCGGGUUUGCACUAAACGCCGCCGCCGGCGGAGCGUUGCGAGUCGUGGGUGUAGACUCGUCCCAGCCGGCGCUGGAAGAAGCCCAGGUCAACGCCGCUCGCAACGAACUCGAGGGACUGACGGAGUUUGUCAAGGACGACGCUCUCAACUUCAUGAAGGCAAGCUGUUGCCGCCGCGCACCCGCCAUCAUCGCGCCCCCUCUUGCCGCUACACCAGACGGAGGGUAG